AUCGGCCUCAAGCUCGUGCGUCUCAAGAAGAAGGGCUCCACUAAGACCCAGGACUAUUACAUCUCCCGCUUCCGCAAGCACGUGGUCCCAGUCUUGGACGUCGUCAGGAGCUUCGGCAUCAAGUCGGCCACCAAGGUGCUCAACGGGAAGAAGAGCUUCGAGGCACAAGGAGACGUCAUGUUUGAUCAUUUGGCAACGGACCUCUUGAAAAGCUGCGACCUCUUCAACCUCCAGGCCGUGCAAACGGUUGAGGACCUAGUCGAGAAUGCGACUGCCGAGAUGCCGCCAGAUGAGUUGCCUGAAGGCGAGAUGGGUGAGAAGGGGGGCUCAGACUCUGACGCGGCCCCGGGCGCCCCAGAGGGCAGCGGCCUGGGGCUGACCGUUCCAGGCUCGAACAGGAAGUCCGACGCUGCCAGUGGAAUGGCUCGCCAGGGCGCCGUCGAGAGUCGAGUCGAGAGCCUCGUCGACGAGAACGUGUUCAUCGGGGCCGCGCCGCCGAAAGGGGCAGCCGACUACUGGAUAUGGAAGUCGCCGCUCGGGGCCAUCGCCGAGAAUACCAUUGCCAUUGGCAGCCAGGAAAAACAGAUCGACAUUUUGCUGCCCAAGCUCGACGAUAACGACAGGAACCGUUUGAAGACCCACAAAUUGCACAUGCACCGUGCGAAGCAGUUCAGGGAGGGCAACGUCCAGAGCUCAUCUGCCAUGGAAUUGAAGGUUGAAGCCGACAAGUUACAGAAGGCAGGCAUCCAGUGGAUGAAGAUGACGCUCAUUCGCUUGUGCGUGGCCCACGCGGACGUCGAUCUCACUGACUUCACGAACCAUGACCUCCCAGUGGCUCAAAGAACGGCCAGCCUCCAGAAGGCGCUCCAGAGGCUGCAGCUUCACCGCGGCCCCGAGGAGAUCGGGGAUUUCCAGAUCACGGACCCUUUGAUGCGUCGGCUCCCAAUUUCCGACGCAGCGGCCGCGUCGACUUUCCAGGCGACAUUCUUCAAGGGCCAUCUGUGUUCUUGGACCGGACAAGGCGAGGCGGGUGCCCAGAACAUCGUACUCUUCAGGGACGCGUUCAACUUAGUGAACGCCAUCGGCAACCUCCAGGACGCGUUCAAGGACGAGACUAUGGAUGACGUUGUAGAGCUGGAUUUGGCGAGCGAGAGGUCGGCAUGCAGUCCGACCUUGUGGGAGUUGGUUGGCCACGCAAUCAAAUCCAGCGUCGAUUGGAGCCGAAAGCUGGAGGACGUCAAGGCCAACGUGGAGAACUUGAAGAAGGUUGCGCCUAUAGUCGCUGCGGCUUCCACUGCCAUGAGCGCAAUGGGCAGCCCAACCGUCGAGGCCGCGGAGCAGCUCUACGGGCGCGCAAAGGACCUCCCAGACAUUCACGCCAAGGCGAAGGGCGCGGCCGACAGCUUCGAGAUCACCCUCAAGACCAAGGCCACUACUCUAAUCAGUAAGCUCGUGGACGGCCUUCCUGAGUUCUCUAAGCAGCUCAUAGAAUGUUGCAUCGACGUUAGCAGCAUCACGCCUCUGCAGAAGAAGUUGGACACCGUUCUCACGGCGUUCCAGUCUCACAGGCACCAGGCAGGCGUCAGCGAGAAUAUGAAGUCCUACACCCUGGGGGACGAGAACGAUGCCAAGGAGCUUUCGAAGUUGUUGAUCUCGUUUGACGUUUCAAAGCUUGAUAAGGUAGGGCGCGAGGCAGCGCUGGCCCUGUUCAUGCGCAUCAUCGCCCAGGCGCCUUGCACCGACUUCAAGGUGAAAGAUAUCGAGUUCGAAAUGGAGCUGCUCCGGGCAAUGGUCUCUGCAGUGCCCGCGGCGCGCACGAAGGACUGCAGCAUCGUCUCCCAAAUCAUCUCUUGCGCGUCGAAGUCCUUGGCGAUUGUUGGGUUGCUGGGUGAGCAGCUGCAGAGCAUCGCCGAGGACGCCUCUGUGCCAGACGAGAGCGCUGUGGUUCAGCGCCUGGUCGAGCUGGAUCGCGAGCUGCUUCUUUCCAAUCCGCUGAUCAACAAGGCCGUGGAUGAUGACAUGAGCGCUUUGUUCGAUAAGGCGAAGUUUGCGUUGAAGGAUGCCAGGGCCCAGCGCCAGCAGGUGAGCCAGCGUUUGUGCCACGGCGCCCUGGCCGUCUACGCAGAUGCCCAGGACAAGCUGAUCAAUUCCGUUGACAAGGAGUCGUCGUGGCAGGAGUUCGUCGCAGCGGCGAACGACGGCGGCAAGUCGUGGGAGGACGUGCGCCGCGUCGCUGGCGACGCUAUCAGCAAGUGG